UUGGUGAGUACAGAGACUGGCUUCUUAUUGCAGGAUCUCUGGGGAGCACAGGGGCUGCACCCAGACUGCUUUAUUGCAGGUUUGUUAUUGCAGGGGUGGGAGGUUACACACACCCUGCCAGCUUCUGUUGUGACAUGGGGGGAUAGACACAGGUAACUGAUGGGUUUCUCUCCUUCACCCACCCAGGUGCCCCCCACGCUAGACCCGCUGGAAUCUGCCAAGGGUCCGUACCCAUCGGAGAUGCUGAUCCUGAGCCGCUCCUCCAAGCUGAGGCUGCUGGAGGGGACACUACGGAGGCACUUGCCUGAGACGCUGCCGGUCCUCGGUGCCGUGAUGACCAUAAACCACAGGAACCCGGCUGGGUACGAGGUGCUGGUGGAUUCGUGGCCCGAGUUCAAAGCUGUCCUUACCCGGCCAUACAGAGAGCAGGUGGCAUCGGACGUCUCCGAUUUCUACACCAACGUGUACGUGGCGUUUUACCAGGACCUGGGCGCCUACUGGGCCCUGCUGGGCAACGCCGUCAACUGGAGCCAAGCCUUCUGGAGCCACGGUAACAUGGGCCCCACAGCACCAGGGAGAGCCCCACGGUGACUAAGCAUAUAUGUUCUGUCUGGGCCAAACCCCUGGAUCCCGCCCUACAGUGCCAGCCCCGAAUCCCUCAGAUCCCCCCAGUCUGCCAGCUGUAUGGGGGACAGGAACAUAUGGGGUUGCUCCUUCCAGGGCUGGGCUGGGGUUGGCUCAGCUGAGCACAUCCUUUUCCCUAAGGGCUGGGGCCAGUAGGUUUGGAAACUCAGACUCCUGCCCCUCCCGCCCCCUGUGCCAGGCUGGGCUCCCCACACAUAUGGGCACUUUUCUCCCCACCAUUCAGUCCCCAUCCCCACUGCUCUCAGCUCAUCACUGCCCCCUGCAGGGCUCCAGGAUGGGGUGUACGAAGCCUCCAGGGACAUCUCCGAGGCUAAAGGGGUCCAGCUGGAAGCGUCCCGCUACUUCACUUACCUCCACCCGGAUCCCAGCUCCAUGCCUGAAAUCCGGUCAGUGUCUGCUUGUGCCACAGGGCCCCUGGCCAGUGUGGCACUGAGAUGCCCAAGGUUUGGCUGGCCAUUCCCCAUGCAGGGCCUGGGGCACUGGAGUCUUGUUGCCACCAGCAGAAUCCCAGUGGGAUUGGUAGGGAACUCAACCUCAUCCAGGGAACCUGCAGGGACUGGGGAACAUAGCCAUGGGGUGGAUUCAGCCAUGGGGAGGGAGAUCCCUCUUCAGCUCCUGCACAGGGCCAUCAGCCGUCAGCCUUGGCAGGGCUUGGGCACUGAGCAGCUGUGCUCCCCCGAUCCCUGCACCACAUCUCUCCUGGCCCAGGAACCUUCCCUGCCCACAGUCUGUUCAGACCUCGGCUCCUCACAUAGGUGCCGACUUCUGCUUCCUCCAGUGGGUGCUCGAUCCGCCUCUGCCCCCGGCCUUGCCCCGACUCCACACCUUCCAUGACUCCCCGCCCCUGCCCCAAAGUCCCUGCCCUAACUCCACCCCCUCCCUGCCCCUAUUCUGACUCCUUCC